AUGGUCGCCCCAGCCGCUAACAUGAGCUACUCCCCGAAGAGACUGAUCGUGUGCUGCGACGGCACCUGGAUGAAUUCAGAGAGUGCAUACGUUAAGCCCACGCUCCUCAAGCCCAAGGGGUCGCUGCAGAUUCCCUCAAAUGUGACUCGCAUCUCGAGGUGUUUUCGCCGGAGGUGCAGCGAUGGUCGAAUGCAAGUCAUCGAGUACGAGUCUGGCGUCGGCACGGGCAGCAAUACCCUCGACACCCUUACUGGCGGUGCUUUCGGCCUCGGUCUCGGAGAGCGAGUUCGCAACAUUUACAGCUUCCUGUGCGCCAACUACUGCGACGGCGACGAGAUCAUCCUUGUCGGCUUCUCUCGUGGCGCUUACAUUGUUCGUUCCGUCGCUGGCAUGAUUUCCGACCUGGGACUCUUGACCCGUGAAGGUGUCGAGCACUUUUGGCCCAUCUUUAAAGACAUGGAGAACUGGAACAACCACCGCUACCGCGACGAGUUCCCCACGAUGCCGUUCGACAACAAACCCAAGGGUGAGGGGGCGGCGGAGGUGUACAGGGCCAGGCUAGAAAAGAAUGAGGGCCAAGGGGAUAUCAUCAAGGUCAAAGCAGUUGCCGUCUGGGACACUGUCGGUAGCCUGGGCAUCCCUCAAAUUGCCUGGUUGAACAAGCUUGGGAUCUACGCGUCGAACCGCGAGUUUAGAUUCUGGGACACGAGCCUGUCUGACAGAGUCGAACACGCAUUCCAGGCUCUGGCUCUCGACGAGACGCGCUAUUCCUUCCAGCCAGCUGUCUGGGAACGUCUUAAGGCUAAUAGGCAUACGACUGAUCUUCGACAAGUCUGGUUCCCGGGAAACCACUCAAACUGCGGUGGCGGCUGGAACGAUCAGGGAAUUUCUAACAUCACUCUUGCCUGGAUGAUGGAUCAGCUGGCAUCCAUUGGUGUCGAGUUUAACCAUCUCGCACUCGAACGCUGCGUGCAGCAGUCCAAUUCUUUUUACAGGGCCCAAAUCAAGGACAAAAGCAUCAAGUGGGCAAUGGAGCCCGUCUACGGCCAGAACCACCCCCUCCGGCCUUGGGGUCUCGGUUCUAUUCAGAAGACCUCGAACCUUCUCUACACCUUGGCCGGAAAGAUCAUUCGCUCGCCUGGCUUGUACAAACAAGUCAAUGCUCAUACGGAUGCUCGAACCGCUACUUUCCUCACGGACACGAACGAGCGCAUCCAUUCAUCGGUCCGUAUCCGCCUGGCUUGCAAGGGCCUGGGGUUGAAUGACCUUGGAGAGUGGGACAACCCGGCUAUGAAGAAGAAUUGGCGGCUUGUGUACUCGAAUGCGGCUUAUGAAGACCCGGUUCCGCACCAUCCAGUCUGGGAACCUAAGUCGGAUCAGCAAGAGUGUAUGAAGCAUCCUGCCGACGCCGACUCUGAUGGUCGCUGGGUUUGGGAGUACUGUGGCCCUAAGGAGAAUGCUCCUACUAGUCCCAAAGGGAGGACCUUGGUGGAGGAGCCCCUCGGGCCGUACGAGCGUCAUCUGUUGAAGUUGACCGGUGGUGACCCCAAUGUGUAUCAGUAUGUGGCAUCAAAGGAGGGCACUAAGCGCGCUCUGGAAGCAGAGAGCAGCUAG